UGUCAUUUGCCGCGCGCCCCAAACCGGAAGUAGACAACCUGGUGUUUUCUGUCGCUCUCCUUUUCAACGGCAUUGAAGUGUAUUCAGUGGUCUGGUCAGUGGUCUGGUCAGUGGUCUCUUCAGGACGCAACAUUUUCAGGUCCAAAAAUGACGCAGGACAAUAUUUUUCUCUUCGUCCCAAAUCUGAUCGGUUACAGCCGUGUGGUUCUGGCUCUACUCUCCUUCUACCUGAUGCCCUGCUGCCCAUGGCCUGCCGUCUUCUGCUACGUGCUCAGUGCUCUGCUGGACGCCUUUGACGGACAUGCUGCUCGAGCACUCAAUCAGUCCACCAAGUUUGGAGCCAUGCUGGACAUGCUGACAGACCGCUGCGCCACCAUGUGUCUGCUGGUCAACCUGUCCCUGCUGUACCCAUCCUACACCUUCCUGUUCCAGCUCAGCAUGUGUGUGGACGUGGCCAGUCAUUGGCUGCACCUGCACAGCUCCACCAUCAAAGGAUCGGCCAGUCACAAGACCAUCGACCUGUCAGGAAACCCUGUCCUACGGAUCUACUACACCUCCAAGCCGGUACUGUUUGUGAUGUGUGCUGGGAACGAGCUGUUCUUCUGCCUGCUCUAUAUUCUCCAUCACAUCCCACAACCUGCAGCCUGGAUCUACUGGCUGCUGGGCCUCUGUGGAGCCAUCUCCAUGCUGAAAACUGGGAUCAGCUUGGUUCACCUUGUCACCGCCUCACAGAACAUGGCCGCCCUGGAUGUUGCUGAGCGAGCGGCGGCGACCAAGAAGCAGUGAGCGCCUGGUUCUGGUUCUGUCCACGAUCCAGGGACCAAGUCCAGCACCCCGAUCUUCUCGUAUUUAUUUUCUGAAUCUUGUCUGUAGGGGAACAGGUAACUCUAUGACCAACGUAGUAGAUGAUGAUUAGAUGAUUGUUUGGAUGCCGUGAUGAUGUCAUUAAUUCUGCUUUAACACUGUCACGGUAUAAAAAGAAGGUCACACCCAUUGUUACUCCACAAACCAGUUUCCUGGCGAUAUUCUCAGGGAGGAGUUGUCAAAAUGAAAGUAAAACUGACAGGACUGAUGUUAGAGUACAUGUAAAGGUCAUUGAGGUCAAAGUCAGCACAUGUUCUACAGGGAGGGUUUGUCAGCUGUGGUGAUAGGGCUGUACUCUAAGUGAACUGUCUUUUAUUUUGAAGCUGAAGGCCGGUCUUCUGUCUCCUCCUUUGACCUUUUCCUCUUUUUAAAUAAGUUCUACAAAGACUUUUAUUUUGACAGCGCUCUCCAGGCGUGUCCACUGGUGUUAGGAUCGGGAGAGAAUCUGGUCACUUUCGCAUUGAUAAUCAAUACAAGUGAACAAACAAUAAAAUGACUAGUAAUCCUUUAAAAGAAAUUAAUAAUGAAAUUAUGAUAAAAAUGUCACCUUUAUUUUAUUUUAUUUAUUUUUUGUAGCUGUAAAUCACAUGAGCCAUGGUCUGGGACCAGUCCACUCUUCUUUUUUUUUUUCUACUGUUCCAUUCACAGAUUUAAAUGGUCACUAAGCCAUUUCCUGUCGCCUCAGUCAGGAAACAGGAAGUGUCUGUGAGCGGCGUGUCCAGGCUUCAGUGUUUGUUUGACUCAGAAUCCCUGCUACUGUUGGACGAGUGUCAUUAUGUGACAGAAAGAAUCAGUGAUGAUAUUUUAAAAAAACAUAGGUAAUCAUUGCAGUAUUUAAAAAAGUAUAUUUGUUUAUAUGUACUGUAAAGUCAAAAUAAACUACUUUACACCAUGA